GACGCCUUUGUGGCAGAGACAGUUACAUUUCGCGCCAAAUUCGUUCCACGUGGCACGCUCCUGAGCGCGUACGGCAUAAGCGAUUUUGCUGUGUCAUGUUGCAGUCGUCUCAGUACGCGCCGCUGUACGGGUCCCAGGACCAACUGCCCGUUUUGCGUCGAAGCCGCCUGCAGAUCUCGAAGCGUUGGCUCACGCAUUAUGGACUCGGGGUUAUCAUGGUCAUGAACGUCGGGAUUCUCUUGCUACUCGGAUGGGACCUCCACAAUUCGACAGCGAACGCUGCCCGCACCAUCGCGGCCGUCAACGUCGCCGCCUCGCCGACGGCCAUGACGAGCACGGUCGUACUACCGAGCUUGCCCGCCAAGUUUAGCGUCGAGUACGUGACGCCGUACAAGAACCAAGCCGGCCGCGGGACGUGCUGGGACUUUGGCACGAUUGGGCUCCUUGAGCAGUCGUACCGGCGCCACGGCGUUGUGCAAGGCUGGCUCGCACCCCACGACUAUGUGGCCUUCUCGGAACAAGCGUACGGGAUCGAAGUCGCGGCCAUGUGCACCGGUCGCAGCGCGUCGCCCCAGCAAAAAGCGUGUCGUAUUGCCGACGACAAUAUUUGGCGCAACUCCACCGAGGGCGGCGAAGUGCCACUGCUCUAUUACCUCCAGCACGGGCUCCACGACGCCGUCUACCCCGACAGCGUCUGUCCGUACAUUCCGACGAUGGGCCACGACCUUGAAUGCCCCGGCCUUGCCUUGCGCCGACCGAGCAACCCGCUCCGCUUCACAGUCGAGGCGAUGGAGACGUACUACGAAGAGGCGACGAUCAAGGCCCAACUCGUUGCGCGCAGCAGCGCCAUGCCGUUCUCGACCAACAUGGUGACGCUCACACACUACUACCCUUGCAUUGGCGACCUCGUGACGGACCCACGCUGUGCCCCGUCAUCAUGCCACCUCUGUCCGCCCGAGUUGCCGCAAGCCACGUGCUGCAUCCCGCAGACCGGCGACAGCAGCGUGACAAUGGAAGGCGAAUUCGUGUCCCACUCGAGCAUGGCCAGUGACGGCGGCCACGUCAUGCUGCUCGUCGGCUUCAACGACCUCUAUGAGACGCGCGAUGGCUUCACUGGUGGCUUUAUCGUGAAGAAUUCGUGGGCGGACAGCCGGUAUCAAGGCAGUCAUUCGAUGCAGUACUGGAUGCAGAACAUUUCCGAGUGGGAAGAGCGCAUUCUGUGCCCCAACAGCUACAAUCCGUUCAGCUGGUACAUCGCCUCGGAGGAAGACGACGUUGUCGGUAUCGACGCCGUCUUGUCGGACGACUCGAAGCUCUACGCGCACCUCAACCAGAUGCCACUGCAUUUGCGCUGCAUCGACGCCGAUGCGUGCGACCCGUCGCUGGUCUAUUUUGCCAAAAAUCGCACCGACUAUGGCGACCACAUGUACAUCAUGUGCUUUUACGAGUACAACAUGUCGUAUGACACGUCGACGCUCAUGUGCCUGCCCCCCUUGCGGCAAGCCGCCAUUGCCGACGUCUUCGAACCCGUCGAAGUCUACGCCAACGACCCGGAUUUGUGCGGCUUCUACAUGAUCCCGUACGACGUCAACCGCCACAUCAACGCGCAGUUCCAAGGAUUUUUUGUCAACAGCUUUGACAUUUCGUGGGCGCCGCAAUCGUAUGCGGCCAACGCGGACGCCUUUUUGCAGUACGACUAUGGCCCGCUGCUGCGGUCCACCAAGCGCCAGCGGCACGUCUCGUUUGACGGGCCGUUCCCCAAUGCGCACGUGUUCAAGGCGCACCGACAUCGCCAUGCAACCUAAGGCCACAAAUACCAAUAUUGUCCUUUGUGUAAAAUGUCCUAAUGUCCUUUGAGCGGCCAACAAGACAUUUUUUCACAUUGACAAAAUUAAGUUUUGUGAAAAUUGAUGUGCUCUG